AUGUCUCCCGAUGCAAACUGUGCUCCUCGAAGCUUGACAGAAGUAUAUGGUGGCGUACAGCGCCUACAGCGGCUUGUCGGCUCGGUGGCAACUUCGAUUUUGAGACAUGACUGCCUUGGUCCAGACCAGGCCACAAUGGCCGACUUCCUCUCACAUGCUCUCCUCGAGGAAGAGUCUGGUCAUCCGACCCUCGAACUCUCGACCAUCCAGACUGCCAAUCUGCAGUUUUUCGUCAUCCUUUUGCAGAUUUACGGCAGAGUAAAGGCUGUUUCCGGCAAGCAUGUUGGCGAGGUUUCGCUUGCCGAGAGCCUUGAGGAAGCGUGGACAAGACGUUUCCCCGGACAGUUGUAUGGCCCGGGCCUUGUUCAGAGAGCUUAA